AAAAAAAGAAAAAUUCAAUUCGAUGAUUUAUUGUUUGAUGAUUAGAGUUAUUUGGAUAAAACAAAAGUAACAUGUAUUAAAUGGUUACCUUCUCCUCAAACAUAUUUUAUUGCAUCUUAUUCAAGUGGUUAUUUAUAUGUAUAUGAUGAACAAUUAAAUUAUCAACGUGAUACAAAUAUUCAAUCAACAUAUUCAACAAUAAAAGAUGAUGAAAAAAAUUUUUCUAUAUCAUAUACAAAAAAUAAAUCAAAACAAACACGUAAUCCAAUAUCACGUUGGUCAAUUGGUAGUGGUAGUAUAAAUGAAUUUGCUUUUUCACCUGAUAAUAUUCUAUUAGCUGUCGUAUCACAAGAUGGUUUUCUACGAAUAUUUAAUUAUGAAAAAAUGGAAUUAGUUGCUUAUAUGAAAAGUUAUUUUGGUGGACUUCUCUGUGUAUGUUGGUCUCCCGAUGGUAAAUAUAUUGCAACAGGUGGUGAAGAUGAUUUUAUAACAUUAUUUUCUCUUGAUCCUGAUGAACAUACAUCUCGUGUAAUAUGUCGUGGUCAUGGUCAUACAUCAUGGAUAAAUUCAAUAUCAUUUGAUUCAUAUAUGAAUGCUAAAACAUAUUAUUCAUCAUUUAUUCAACCAUCAUCAUAUAAUGAUAAUGAUAAUGAUGGAAUAAAAAAUUUAAUUUCAUAUACACAUAGUGAUACAUCAUAUUGUGAUACAAAUAUUCCAUCAUUAUUUUAUCGUAUUGGUUCAGUUGGACAAGAUAAUCGUUUAUGUUUAUGGGAUAUAACAGAAGAUAUACUUAAAAUAAAUUUAAAUAGUAAACAAAAUUCUUUAACAUAUCCAUUAAUAUCAUCAUCAUCAUCACCAUCAUCAUCAACAAUAAUAUCAAAUGGUUAUACAAUAUUACCAUCUGAUAUAAUAACAAAUACACAAACAUCAACAAUAAAAUCUUCAUUUUCAUCUAUAACAUCUCGUCUUUCAUUUGUACGUCAUUCAAAUAAAAUAAAUAAAACAAUUGAUGAUACAUCUGAUUUAACAUUAAUAACACAAUCAAAUGGUUCAUCAAAAAAAUCACGAAAAUUACCAUUAUUUUUAAAUACAUCAAGUGGAACAAAAUCUUUAUCAUCAAAACUUACAACAACAACAACAACAACAACAACGACAACAUCUGAUGAUACAAAUCAAAAUUCAUUAUCAACACAAAUUAAUAAUAAUAAUUUAUCAUCACGUCAAACAAAUUUUGAUUUAACUAAAAGUACAUUUGGUACGAAUUUAUGUCCAAAAUUAGAUGAUAUACAAGUUAUUGAACCAAUUAUAACAGAAUUUAUAUCACAUGAACGUUUAAAUGGAAUUUAUUUUGGUGAAAAUUAUUUAAUUACAUCAUCACAAGAUGGACUUAUUACUAUUUGGGAAAAACCACAAAAACUUUUAAAUAUUGAUACUACUGAUGAUCGAACAAUGAGUUCAACAACAUUAAUUAACAGUAAUUCUCAUCAUUCGACAGUUUCUCAACGAUUAUAA